CAGGUGGUUGUUGGUUGAAUGUCAGAGUUGUAGUUCUUCAUGGAUCGCUGAUCUUGUUUGUCUCUGAAUUCUGCGCUUGUCAUCGUCACCAUGGUAUGGUUUGUGGUCUACUGAUGCGUAUCCAUGGAUAUGGAUGUUUCUGUGUCGAUUUUUGAAAUCGCACUAAUCGACCCCAGCUCACAGAUUUGCCUUGCUGUUUCAUCUGCUCAGAGGAUCAUCUUUCUGUUGAGGUAUAUGUGCAGGUGGUGUGCAAACCUGGUAGUAAAGACCUACAAAAAGUCUGAGGUGGAAAUUUACGUCCUUGUGAAGGAUGAAGGUGGUCGCCACACUGCCUUCUUCUCAAACUACAGCCCACAGUUCUACUUCAGGACAGCUGACAUCCGUGGGAAAAUCGAGUUGCCUCCGGACGUGAAGAUGGUUAUGCCUGGUGACAACGUAACUGCAAUCGUCGAGUUGAUGUUGCCUGUUCCACUCGAACCAGGGCUAAGAUUUGCGCUCAGGGAAGGAGGGGGGACUGAUGGUGCCGGAGUCAUUGCUGAAGUCAUGAGCUAA